AUGGCCCCAGAUACAAUCCCCGAGGCCGAGUCCAUACCCGACGCGGAACCGGAGCCCGAGAUACCGCAACGCCGACGACCCACGCCCCGCCACCCUAUCCCGUCCAUGCAAGAUGCCUUUGACGAGUCGCUGGCGGAGCAUACCAGCGGUUUGGAGGUACUGAAGCCCAAGUUGCGGGUCGGCGAUGCGAAAACCAGGCGUGACAGACUCCUUAACGAGGGCAAAGAUGAAGGACCUCCUGCGGCCUAUUGGCGAUAUCGGCCGGGACAGAAGAAUCACGAGCUGCGGAGGUUGUUGGCACAGAUAUCGUUUGGCGUACACCUACUGCUGAAUGGCUCGGCGACUGCUAUAGAGUCUGUUGUCCAAAUCCUUCAGGGCCACAUCGAUGAGGUUGAUGAGUUCCUGGAAAUGACGUUGGAAGACAUGGCCUUGGCCACCAAGGAUCUUCAGGAACGCCUCGACCACCUUAGGUUGCCAAUGAACAACAUGGCGGUUUUUGAAAAGAUGUUGGAGGACCGCCAGUUCCGUUUGCGCAUACUCGACGGAAACGAGGCUAUCGAACACAUCGUCUCGCGAACAACGACUGCUCUCGCCCAAACGGUGGAGGAUGUAGACGAGGGCUUGAAGUCAACCCGAGAAUUUGCAGACUAUCUGACUGAACAGCACUAUGGAGGCUGGCGUGACGAGCAACCUGGCAUAGUCACCAUUUUCGAAGCGAUGAAAGGGAACACUGAAGGCUGGCUCAACGCGUUUGCUGACCUGCAUGCCAAGGACAACGCUCUCCAUGUCCUUACACUGCAGCUGAGUGGCGUGGUCUCUGAGAUGGAGCUCACGGCCGGUGAAGUUAGUCGUCGGACGAGGUUCAGCAUCAAGCCUUACACUGCGCCGGUGCAUACGCCUCGCUCGUCUCAAAGCUCGACUUUAAGCACGCCGACGGCAUCGCCACCCCGGACAAGAAUACCCAGAUCUCCACCGAGACUAUCCUUACGGCUAAGCUCACUCCUCCAGCCCGAGGAAAGUGGAUCGUCUUACUUUGACAUUCCAACCAAGACCGAUGAUACCCUUGCCCCCUUUCAGAGCCAGUCCACGAAACAUCCGGACAUAGAGGAGGAACCAGAACUGCCCGAGAUAGCGAUUGAGUCGGAAGACCACCGACGACAAGCCCCGGACGACAUCGCACCCCGGCGAGAGAGCGCGGAUAAUAGUGGUGAGGACGACAAGCGACUGUAUUUGCUCCAACCGCGAACCUACACACCACAGCCGCCCGCGCCAUUGCCGUCACCACGCUUACGAGACGAAAUGCAUCAGCCAAUCGCGGAACGGGAGAGACCGGAGCGACAGUCACAGCCGCAGAAGAGGACAUCGCUUAGACAGAGGAUUUCUUUGAAGACGACUCCACCCGAGUCUAUUCAAGUCCCGCCACCGAACGCUCCAGAGCUGCAAGAGCCGGAUUACGUGUCUCCACAAAUAUACCAGGGGCCAGACUCGGCUUACGGAUCCGACAUUGAGAGAACGGCGGCCAACCCUCCGGCACUUGCAGACCCAUCCGCUGCCGAUCCCCCGCAGCCAGUCUUCCGCCGGCCCGAUCUCAUUCCAUCUCCGCAGUCAGACCAGCAGUAUUUCCGCCCUGUGCGGGCGAGCCCGCACUCACCCUUGCAGCAAAGACCCCAUACAUCCCAUACGACACGCAAUAAUGCGUCAUACCAGCAGCAUCAACGCAAUGCUCCGUCAGCUAUGGGCAUGAGCAUGCUCAGCAACGUCACCAACGUGUCCAAUGACACCGGGACCGGGCGGAAGCUGAAGAAGAAACGCAGCGCAUUCGGCUGGUUCAAGAAGGCCUUUGCGCUCGACGAAGAAGAGCGGGUAGCAUUUGAGCAGAAGAGGCAGCAAGCCUCACCAAACCUCUAUUACGACAACAGAAGUCCCCAGUUUUUAGACGGGAGAAGGGUUAGGCGGUAA